AAACCAUUAGUAAAAUUCGUGAUCUUCGCAUGAAAGCAGAGGACUAUGAGGUGGUUAAAGUUAUUGGGAGGGGUGCAUUUGGAGAAGUUCAGUUGGUAAGACACAAAGCCACAAGCAAAGUAUACGCCAUGAAGCUGCUGAGCAAGUUUGAGAUGAUCAAGAGGUCGGACUCUGCUUUCUUCUGGGAGGAGAGGGACAUCAUGGCGUUUGCCAACAGCACGUGGGUGGUGCAGCUCUUUUUUGCAUUCCAAGAUGACCGAUACCUCUACAUGGUAAUGGAAUACAUGCCUGGUGGCGACUUGGUGAACUUGAUGAGCAACUAUGACGUCCCAGAGAAGUGGGCUCGUUUUUACACAGCUGAGGUGGUGUUAGCUCUGGAUGGAAUCCACUCCAUGGGCUUCAUUCACAGGGAUGUGAAGCCUGAUAACAUGUUGCUAGACAAAGCAGGCCACUUAAAACUGGCAGACUUUGGGACCUGUAUGAAAAUGAACAAGGAUGGUAUGGUACGAUGCGACACAGCAGUGGGAACUCCAGACUACAUUUCACCUGAGGUACUGAAAUCCCAAGGAGGAGAUGGCUACUACGGCAGAGAGUGUGACUGGUGGUCGGUGGGAGUGUUCUUGUAUGAAAUGCUAGUUGGCGACACUCCUUUCUAUGCAGACUCGCUGGUGGGGACCUACAGCAAAAUUAUGAACCACAAGAAUGCCCUGACCUUUCCGGAUGACAGUGACAUCUCCAACGAUGCCAAGAAUCUCAUCUGUGCUUUCUUGACUGACAGAGACGUCCGACUUGGUCGUAAUGGUGUAGAUGAGAUCAAGAAGCAUCAUUUCUUCAAGAAUGAUCAGUGGACAUGGGAGAGCAUCAGAGAGGCGGCUGCUCCGGUUGUGCCUGAACUGAGCAGUGACACUGACACCAGUAACUUUGACGACAUCGAGGAGGAUCGGGGGGAGGAAGAGACAUUCCCCAUACCAAAGGCCUUUGUGGGCAAUCAGCUUCCCUUUGUGGGCUUCACUUACUACAGCAAUCAGCAUCUUUUGCGUGGCUCCACCACAAAGACCAGUGACAAACGUAGCAGCUCCACAAAGGAAGACAAGAGCCAUCUGGAGAACCUGCAGAAAAGGAUCUACCAGCUUGAGGAGCAGCUCCACAGUGAGAUGCAACUAAAGGACGAGUUGGAGCAGAAAUGCAGGGCAUCAAACACCAAGAUCGACAAAAUCAUGAAAGAGCUGGAUGAAGAGGCAAACUUGAGGAAGAGUACAGAGGCCAACGUGUCUCUGCUGGAGAAGGACAAGAUCAUGCUGCAGCACCGAUUUACUGAUUUCCAAAGAAAAGCAGACCAAGAAGCAGAGAAGAGACGUAAUUUGGAGAAUGAGGUGUCAACUUUAAAGGAGCAGCUGGAAGAUAUGAGAAAGAUCAGCCACAACUCACAGGCCUCAAAUGACAAGAUUGUCCAGCUGCAGAACCAGCUAGAAGAGGCCAACGACCUGCUGCGCUCAGAGUCGGACACAGCAGCAAGACUGAGGAAGAGCCACACAGAGAUGACAAAGUCAAUGAGCCAGUUAGAGAGUUUGAAUCGUGAACUGCAGGAGAGGAGCCGUGCAACAGAUGGAGAGAAGGCGCAGCUGCAGAAGGAGCUCCUGCUUCUGCAGAGCACCCUGGAGUCAGAGAGGAGAAACUAUAGCCAGGGCUCAGAGGAGAUCAGGGAGCUGCAAGCGAGGCUGGCAGGGCUACAAGAGGACAAUAAAAACUUGCAGCUCAGCCUCUCCAAAGUGGAGGCAGAACGUAAACAGGCCCAGGAAAGGAGCAAUAACUUGGAGAAGGAAAAGAACAGCCUGGAGAUAGACCUGAACUACAAGCUGAAGACCUUGCAGCAGCGUCUGGAGCAGGAACAGACUGAGCACAGGGUGACGCGGGCACAACUCACCGACAAAUAUGAAUCUAUUGAAGAAGCCAAAUCAGCUGCCAUGAAUGCUGUUCAGCACAAGAUGUCAGAGGAGAAUGGAGCGAGAAUGCGAGCGGAGAGUCGUGUAGUGGAGGUCGAGAAGCAGUGCUCAAUGUUAGAGUUUGACUUGAAGCAGUCUGUGCAGAAGAUGGAGCAGCUGAUGAAGCAGAAAGAAAGGCUGGAAGAAGAGGUGAAGAACCUGCGAAUACAAGUAGAACAGGAGUCUAGCAAGCGUGUUCUGGUUCAGAACGACCUGAAGAGUCGCAUGCAGGAGGUGGACCGUCUUAGGUGUUCAGAGAAGCAGCUCAAGCAGGAGAUCAACACGGCACUAGAGACUAAACGCUCGCUGGAGUUCCAGCUGGUACAGCUGACCAAACAAUACAGAGGCAAUGAGGGACAGAUGAGGGAACUUCAGGACCAGCUUGAGGCCGAACAGUAUUUUUCUACGCUUUACAAAACUCAGGUCAAGGAAUUAAAAGAGGAGAUUGAAGAAAAAAAUCGGCAGGUACAAGAGGCUCAUAAAAAGGUGCAGGAGUUUUGCAGUGAAAGGGAUUCCCUGUCUGCCCAGCUGGAUCUGACAGUGACUAAGGCCGAGUCAGAGCAGCUUGCCCGGGCACUGCAGGAAGAACAGUACUUUGAGCUCAGCCAGGAGAACAAGAAGGCAGUGACUAGACAUAAGCAGGAGAUUGGAGAGAAGGAGGCUACUAUUGCACGGCUUGAGGAAUCCAAUAAAACCUUGACCAAAGAUGUGGAAAACCUCAGCAAAGAGAAGGCCGAGUUAAAUGAGAAGUUUCGUACUCGAGAGGAAGAGUAUGCAGCUCACCAGGAGGAGGUUGCAAAUACACUCAAGGGCUAUGAGAAGAUCCUCAACAACGAGCGCACACUGAAGACUCAGGCGGUGAACAAGUUGGCAGAAAUCAUGAACCGCAAGGACAUGAAGCUGGACAGGAAGAAAAAGGACAGUGCUGCCGACCUGCGGAAGAAGGAGAAGGAGAACCGCAAGCUUCAGCUGGAGCUUAACCAGGAGAAGGAGAAGUUUAACCACACGGCCAUUAAGUAUCAGAAGGAGCUGAACGAGAUGCAAGCACAACUGUCAGAGGAGAGCACAUACCGUAAUGAGCUGCAGAUGCAGCUGGACAGCAAGGAGAGUGACAUCGAGCAGCUCCUGGAGAAACUGAAUGACCUGCAGCAGCGCAUGGACAACUCAAGUGUCACCAGUUUGCAGCCAGAUGAGACAGACAGCAACAUCGCAGAAUCCAGAUUGGAAGGUUGGCUGUCCAUUCCUAAUCGUACUAAUAUCAAACGAUAUGGAUGGAAGAAGCAGUAUGUGGUCGUGAGCAGUAAGAAGAUUCUGUUCUACAAUGACGAGCAGGAUAAGGAGCAGUCCAACCCCUCAAUGGUACUAGAUAUCGACAAACUAUUUCAUGUGAGACCGGUCACACAAGGAGAUGUUUACCGAGCUGAGACAGAAGAGAUUCCUAGGAUAUUUCAGAUUCUUUAUGCCAAUGAGGGGGAGUGCAGGAAGGAGGCGGACGUGGAAGCAGUCCCUCAGGGCGACAAGACCAACUGUCUCCCACACAAAGGCCAUGAGUUCAUCCCCACACUAUAUCACUUCCCUUCUAACUGCGAGGCCUGCGCCAAGCCUCUGUGGCACGUCUUCAAGCCGCCUCCGGCCCUGGAGUGUCGCCGCUGCCACGUCAAGUGCCACAAGGACCACCUCGACAAAAAGGAGGACGUUAUUGCCCCUUGCAAAGUUAAUUAUGAUGUAACUUCUGCCCGGGACAUGCUCCUGCUGGCACUGACCCAAGAUGAGCAGAAGAAAUGGAUUGGUCACCUCGGAAAGAAGAUUCCCAAGACCCCUCCAUCUACAUUUUCACGAGCCUCCCCUCGUUCAAUGUCCACUCGCUCAGGACCAAACCAGAGCUUCCGCAAGAACCCUAAAAGCAACACAGGAAAACUGAGCUAAUCAUCUGAAUCGUUUGUGGAUUUUUUUCUGGACUGUAGAUUUUCCCUCCUUCCUCAUCCUGAAAAAUGGAAAAACAUUUAUUCUAUCAAAAAUUCAUUAAAAAGAAAAAAAUUAUCAAUAAAAAAUAACCAGUGCUGGAAAAAUGCAACACAUGUCAGUGAAAAAAGUAGCACGGACAUUAAGAGGCCUGAUACCGCCCACAAGAGAAAACAAUCAUCCAACUCAGCAAACUCGCAGCUCUCCAUUUCUACCAGAAGAUGGCAGACUCAUCUGGAACUAAAGAUGGAGGGACUAAUAUGUCAUAGAAACAUUUUGUGUUUCAUAUUAAAUGACAGCUCUGAUUGAACCAGGAAUGUAAAAGGGGGAUUUGCAGGGACUCCUGCAAGUAUGUGUUCAGUUUAAGGUACUGUCAAUACAGGGAUUGCAGAUGUGCAGUGAGUGGUUGUGUCUCAGGGGUGGAAAAUGAAUAUUUUGUUAUUUCUUUACCAACCUCACAGAUAUUCAACCUAAAUGCAAGCAUACUUCUGUCUCUAGCUAAAAAAUGACUGAUGCCUUUAUCUAAUGUCUCUGGCCUUUUUGCCUUUAUUUUUAUCACUAUGUAAGUCACUUAUCAGAUUUGGGAACAGAGUAUUGGGGCGUGAGUAUUAGAUAUUUUGAGUAUUGAGUGAGGAGCAUGCAAGAUCAUCAUUUAAAUCUGUGCAUUAUUUUUAUUAUAAUUAUUUUUAUUGCUCCAAGCCAUAAGGAAUAUAUUCCAUUGUAAUGGCAUAUAGGAGUUCUAAAAUGUAACAGACUUUUUUUGUUGUGUUUAUUUGGUACAUUGUAAUAUUUUUUUCUUAUUUGUCUUUUGUAAUGUAUUGCCUUACAUUGAUUAAUAGAUAAAUGGUUCAAAAGGAAAACAUUAAGUUAACAAAUGUUGAACUGCACUGUUUGAAUUGUAACUUAUUUGUAGAAGACUAAACAGGUGUAGCAUUUGGCCCACCUAGUGCCUUAAUAUUUGGAUAUUGAUUUUACUGCCAUAUAUUGUUUGUUGUUGCCCCCCCCAAAACAAGACCAAUCUAAACUCUUCCAUCAUUUUUUUUUUAAGAAAUCACCACACAUUUGUGGUUUUAUUGAAACUUACUUUGGCUGGUUUGAGUUAAUAAAUAUAUGUAUACAUAUUACAUUACCUCUUCAUGGACACAUUGCAAUAGAAUUAGCGUGUCAAAACAAAGUUCCCAGUCUACAAAUUUCGGGAUGUUGUACUUGAGGCGAACCUACCUGUGUCAGUGAGUGUGCUUGUUAACAAUUAGAAGUUGUUUCUCUAAUAUGGUAAAGUCCCGUUGAUGCAAACCCCCCAUAGUGUAUAUAAUGAGAAAGACAUACGGAUUGUGGAAUACCUCCAUAGUCUCCUUAUUUGUAAGUUUUUGUUCGGUUAAAAAAAAAGCACUGGAACUAUGAUCUACUCUUGUCUUGGAUAAUUUGCAUGGUUAAUUGCAUUGGAGUCCGCACUGAUGGAUAUGUCAAUAAACAUAUCUU